CCAGGCCCGGUCCAGUCCCGGUCCAGUCCAGGUCCAUUCCAGGUCCAGUCCCGGUCCGGUCCGGUCUCAGACGUAUCAUCCCUGCUAUAAUCCGUUUAUCCCUGUCAGGGUGACAGAGACUCCCUGCAGGAUCGGCUCCUCCUCUCCUUCCUCCUCUCGGGUUUCUCCCAUUUUCUCCUGGUCUUUCCUCUCUGGGUUCCUCCAAGUGUUUAUGAGGUUCUGGUCGGGGGGUCGCCCCGCUGUUUCCAUGGUGAUGUGUUUGGAGGGGAUCUAGGCCGCAGAACCCGGGAUUAUCAGCUGACAGACCAACUGUAUCACCAUGGCGAAGGUAGCGCCGCUAAUCCCUGGCCCUUCAUCUGGGUUAAACCCUCCCAGCAUCGUACUGCAGGACCUGGAGGAGGGGGCGGAGCCAGGUGACAUCACAGAGGGGCUCAGAAGAUCCCAAAGAGCCGGAGCUGGAGCUCUGUUCAACGUCAACAACAGCAACAACAACGAGGAAGAGGAGGAGGAGGAGAAGAAGAGGAAAAAGAAAGAGAAGAAAGAGAAAAAGGAGAAAAGAGAAAAGGAAAAGCAGGAGAAAAAGGAAAGGAAGGAGCAGAAACAGAAGGAGAAGGAAGAGAAAGAGAAGGAGAAACAGAAAGAGAAGGAGAAGCUGGAGAAAGAGAAGAAAGCCAAAGAGGAGGCGGCGAAAGAGAUCACAGUGAUCGAUCCAGCUGGGAACACGUACUACAACUGGCUCUUCAUCAUCACCAUCCCAGUCAUGUACAACUGGACCUUGAUCAUAGCCAGGGCUUGUUUUGAGGAGCUUCAGACUGACUACCUGAUCAUGUGGUUCAUCGUGGACUUUAUCUGUGACGUCAUUUAUAUCAUGGACAUGGUUUUCAGAACCAGGACAGGUUACCUGGAGCAGGGUUUACUGGUGAAAGACGAGCAGAAACUACGUGAACGUUACAUGAAAACUUUCCAGUUUAAACUGGAUUUGGUCUCCAUGAUUCCCACUGACAUCCUGUACCUGAUUCUUGGUACCACCUACCCUGAGAUCCGCCUCAACAAGCUUCUAAGAUUCAACAGGAUGAUGGAGUUCUUCCAGCGCACUGAGACCAGAACCAAUUACCCCAAUGCUCUACGUAUCUCCAACCUUGUCAUGUACAUUCUCAUCAUCAUCCACUGGAAUGCCUGCCUCUACUAUUCCUUCUCCAAAGCCAUCGGUUUUGGUUCUGACAGGUUCGUGUAUCCCGACCCAACAGAUCCUGAGUUUGGCCGUCUGGUGAGGAAGUACGCCUACAGUAUGUACUGGUCCACGCUAACGCUCACCACCAUUGGAGAAACGCCGCCCCCUGUGGAGAACUCGGAGUACUUCUUCGUUGUGACGGACUUCCUGGUGGGUGUGCUGAUUUUUGCCACCAUUGUUGGUAACGUUGGCUCGAUGAUCACUAACAUGAAUGCUGCCAGAGCCGACUUCCAGGCCCGGAUCGACGCCAUCAAGCAGUACAUGAGUUUCCGGAAGGUAACUAAAGACCUGGAAAAGCGAGUGAUUAAGUGGUUUGACUUCCUGUGGACCAAUAAGAAGGCUGUGGAUGAGAGAGAGGUUCUGAAGUACCUUCCUGACAAGCUAAGGGCUGAGAUCGCCAUCAACGUACAUCUGGACACCCUGAAGAAGGUCCGGAUCUUUGCGGACUGCGAGGCUGGUCUGUUGGUGGAGCUGGUGCUGAAGCUGCAGCCGCAGGUCUUCAGUCCAGGAGAUUACAUCUGCAAGAAGGGCGACAUCGGCAGGGAGAUGUACAUCAUCAAGGAAGGGAAACUGGCUGUGGUUGCUGAUGAUGGCAUCACGCAGUUUGUUGUUCUAAGUGAAGGAAGUUACUUUGGGGAGAUCAGUAUCCUGGCUAUCAAAGGUAGUAAGGCAGGAAACAGGAGGACAGCUAACAUCAGGAGCAUCGGGUACUCCGACCUCUUCUGUCUUUCCAAAGACGACCUGAUGGAGGCGCUGACAGAGUAUCCUGAUGCUAAAGCUCUGCUGGAGGAGAAGGGACGGCAGAUUCUGAUGAAGGAUGGCCUGCUGGAUCUGGAGGUGGCAGCCCAGGGCCCAGACCCCAAAGAGAUGGAGGAGAAGGUGGACAGGAUGACGAGCAACCUGGACACGCUGCAGACCCAGUACGCCCGGCUGCUGGCAGAACACGAUGCGACUCACAGCAAACUCAAACACCGAGUCACCCGACUGGAGAAGAAGCUGGCGCCGCCACGGGAGGAUGCACCUGGUGAUGCUCCGCCCCCUCCCACACCUGAGACCACCAAAGAAGAAGAGAAGAAAUAAGAAGAUGGUGGAGGACAGAAGAAUUUGAGUUUUAGUUUGAGGAUAGAAGGACUUGAAGGAGACGAGAAAUUAGAUAAAUCCAUAAACUAACGAGAUUCAAAUUAAAGUCAAUAAAUAUGUAAUUAUGGAUCCUUAGAUUUAAAGUCCUCUGAGUUAAUGACUGUACAGUAUUAAUGACCUGGUGCUGGGGACACUGGGAACACUGGGAACACAUCCUGUUGGAAAGGAGACUCAGCGGAUCCUGAAGGACGCAGCAGUUCAGAGUAGAAGGUUUCACCUGCAUGUAGACUUUCUUUCUCAUGUCUGAGAAUAAUUACAACAUAAACUGUUGUAAUUAUUAUGUAACAAAUGUGAAACAAUAACUUACUGUCUGAACGUAAGUUGUCUACGUUCAGACAGGCUGCUAGCUUGUAGCGGAGAAUCUUCACCUGAGACCCGAAUGCCAGUCGGUCUGAGGUCCAUCCAGAACUGCCUGAGUUCUACCAAACCCUCUAGAUUUCAUGACAUGAAUUCAACCAAAGUCCAUUUUUUCCAGGUAUGAUUUAGUUUCCCAUUUAUCGGCUGCAGAACCAGAGACCGGCAUGUUCCUCCUGACCCAGGCGGAUUCAGAACCAGGUCUUCUGGGCUUUACCUGAUGCUUUUAAUGAUGCAACAUGUGAUGGAG